CUGACAGAUUAAGUGAACAAAAGUAGAAGCAAAGCUAUAAGUUGCAUCUAAUCGUGAUUUUUUAACGACUGAUACGUUCUUUAAAAGCAUGUCCGUGACCUUUGCUCAACGCGGCAGACCACCACCGAAUCCUGCUCAAAUACAGAAGAUGCUUGAUGAAAACAGUCAGCUUAUACAGACAAUACAAGAAUAUCAAAAUAAAGGAAAACCUCAAGAAUGUAUACAAUAUCAACAGAUGUUACAUCGCAAUUUGGUAUAUUUAGCAUCCAUUGCUGAUGCAAAUCAAAAUAUACAAGCAUUACUACCACCUCCACAAGGAAUUCCUAAUGGUCCCCAACAUGGUAUGAUGAAUCCACAAGGCCUUCCUAAUGCUCCUACAGGAUCAAGUGGACCUGGAGGUGAUAUGUCUCCAAAUACUCAACCAACUUUACCAAUGUCAAAUUUUAGUCAAGGGCAACCAAUGACACAAGGUGGAUACCGUGGUCCAGUUAUGCCUGGACAAGGACCUGCUAUAAAUAGACCACCCACUGCACCUGGACCACAGCAAUAUAGAGGACCUCAAGGUUACCCUCAACAACCGUCUCAACAAAGUUAUCCUACACAAUAUACCAAUCAAAAUCCUGGCACCAAUUAUCAAGGACCACAGGGAGCUGCGUAUACUCCAGGUCAACCAAAUCAAUAUGGACCACCGAAUACCUCUCAACAACAGGGAUACAGCACAUCGACCCAACCGAAUUAUGGUCCUCCAACUACUGUGAAUAGUUACGGACCUCAACCAGGUGGAUAUCCACCACCAGGGACAACUCAGCCUCCUACAGGAUAUGGUCCACCACCACCGAAUCAGCAAGGCUAUCCUCCUUCUAAUCCUUCUCAACAAAAUUUUGCAUCAAGCGGACAACAGCAACAACCUGGUCAAUACGGUAGUCCUAGUCCACAACCAAAUUAUCAACAGCCACCAUCUCAAGCUCCACCUCAAAAUGCGUACGGGGGUGGUCAACCCGGAAAUUAUCCUCCUCCUUCGUCGCAAGCAUACGCAAAUAAUGUUCCACCGCAAAAUUAUCCGGCUCCUCCUACUUCUAGUGCUCAGCCUCCUCAGCCAGGAUCUCAACAAAGCACUGGCCCUCAACCAAAUUAUGGUAAUCAGCCAAGUCCCGGUCCUGGUGCAACACAAUACGGUCCAGUUUCUACAUCUCCACCGUUCAGUACUGCUUCUGCAAGUGGAGUAAAUACUUACGCUCAGAGUAGCCAACCAACAAGUACACCAUCUGCUUCCACUCAAACUUAUCCGCCAAAUAGCGCUCCACCACCUACUUCACAAGGUGGAAAUUAUGCUCCGCCAGGACCUGCUCCGUCCGGAUAUCCCGUGCAUCAAGCACCUCAUCCAUCAUCGCAUCCGCCACAUCAACCGCCGCAUCAGUCUCCACAUCAACCUCCUCAUGCUCCUCAUCAACCACCUCAUCAAUCAUCUCAUCAAUCAACUCAUCAACCUCCAGCGCAUCAAUCUCCGCAUCAACCUCAACAAUCUCAACAACAAUCUCAGACACCGCCACAGUCUCAACAGCAACAAUCUCAAAGUCCUGCUCCAAGUGGAUUUCAACCACCUUCAGGACCUCCACAAGGUCCUGCUCCGCCUCCAGGUCCACAACCUCAGCCUGGGUAUGGCCCAGCUACCACGCAAACAUAUGUACCACCAACACCAGGUGGACAACCACAGGUAUAUACUCCUCAUCCACCUCAAGGUGGUCAACAUUAUGGACAUCCACAGUAUCCUCCUCAAAGUUAUCCUCCACCGCCAGCAGGACAAGGAUAUCCUCAAUAUCCACCGCGACCACCUGGUGGUCAUAUGCCUCCUCCUCCUGGACCUCAAGGACCUCCUCCACCAAAUCAGUAUGGUGGUUACGGAUAUCAACCACCUCCACAAUAGAGUAUAUAUUAAU